AUGGAGUAUUACGCCACUUCACGUGGUAAAAUUGCUGAUAAAAGGAAGACAGAGUCGAAGAUUACAGAUGAGAAGUAUAAGGAUUUCCUCAGGAAAGUUCACUCAGCUCGAGAGGCGCUGAUUCGGCAAGAAGUUGAUAGUCGUGAAGCUAUCGAUGAGCUGCGAGCAGUGUUGGAGAAUAAGCAAGCUAAAGUGGCCGAAGACUUCAAGAGGCAUGUGGCUCGCGAUAGUGAGUACAUGCGCAGCGGGAAGAAGAUACCGUUGAAAAUCAUCCAGGAAGUUGAAGAUUUCGAAUUAGACAAGAACGCGGAGCUCGAAGAGGCUCGGGCCACCCAUAUCACGUUGAAAAAUAGGCUCGUGAAAUUAGAAGCAGAAUUACGUGGAAGGGAUCAGCUUGCGGAAGGACUUCAUAUCAUAGAUUUCGAACAGUUGAAGAUUGAAAAUCAGACAUUAAGUGAAAAGAUUGGAGAACGCCAAGAGCAGGUACAGGAGCUGAAGAAGAAGAUUAUCACGACUAUACAGGUAUUGGCUCAUAUGCGAGAGAAGAUGGGGUUUCUCGAGAAGCGAGGGGGGAGUAUUCAUUCCUCCCUCACUGAACUCGAUAAGGAUCCUGGAUGGUCCCCCUGA